AUGUCCAAAGUCGCGACGACCACGAUCAACGACCUCGCAGACAAGGAUGCCGACACCACAGACAGCGAUCUGCGCUACAUGGCCUAUGGCGCCCGUCUCCGCACGGUCCUUCGUGCCGGACACCGAUACCUAGCAUAUACCAGUGAUAUUGGCGAGGCAUUCCGUCCUGUUGUUUCUCCGCGAUUGGUGACUGCCGCCUACGGUGUCUCGUGGUUAUAUCUUAUAGGUGAUGUCAGCUACGAAUCCUACAAGGCCCAUAGGCGAGGUCCCACCCCCCUCGAGGCCGCCAACUUCUCUGAACCCACUCGCGUGGGCAUGAUCGCCGUCAAGCGUGCCGCCUUUCAGUCGAUAGCGUCCAUGGCGCUCCCGGCGUUGACGAUCCACACCGCCGUGAAGCAGGCCAAGAAAGCGUUCGACCGGGCAAAAUCGCCCCGACUGCGUUCCUGGGGCCCGACACUCACCGGGCUCGCUAUCGUGCCUGCGCUGCCGUACCUUUUCGAUCAUCCUGUAGAGCAAGCAACCGAUCGCGCUUUUGAGUGGAUAGAACGGCGAUUAGUCGGAAGCAAAAGGACCGACACCGAGGAAGUCGACUAG